AUGAUUUGGCCUCGUCUCAAAGAAGCGAAGCAGAUUUUGACACCUUAUCACCUGCUCAAUGCUCUCCUUUCUGUCACCUUUCUGUGUGCGAAGGGAAUUCCCCAGAUAUGUCCAUGGAUAUUUGUGACUGAAGCUGGCGAAGAAUGUGCGAUUGACUCGCGGGAACGAGAAAUUCUCAUGUUUUUGGCCGUGAUUAUUGCAUGGAAGGGACGGAAAGCUACCAAUUGGCUUCAUUAUAUUAAUAACAUAUUUUUAUUCUCCAAAGUUGCAAACAUAGCUUUAUUCCUUCGUGCUGAUGCUCUUGUGGGCAUCGUGUUUUUACUCAUCACUGUUGCAAUCACUGUGAUCGUGCCAGAACCAGUCUACACAGGACCUGAGAAGGUUACAUAUUAUCAAGGAGCAGAGCUAUUCGUAGGUGUUUUACUCUUCAAAAAUUUUUUUUAA